AAACGCACACACUGGGCUUUUCAGUGAGGAGGAGUGACACACAAACUGCCUUUUAUUCAGCCAGCAGCUCUCUGAGGAUCUGACAGAGCCUCCUGCAGUCACUCUGUGAACACGCUUCUCCCUGACAGACCUCAGCGUCUCCAGUUAUUCACUUUCCCAUCCACAGCAGACACGCUCUCUCUUCCUGGACUGGGCUUUUUAAACUCCUAGCAGGUGCUGGGUUCUCCUGGUGAUGACCUCAAUCCUGUGCCCUGGCAACACCUACGCUGCGAUGAAGGACCUCUCCUCGUCAUCUUCUCCUCUCACCACCCUCCUCCACUACUCUUCCUCUAAGCCCUCCGUCGUGCCCUUCUCCUCUUCGGCGGGUCCUGCCUCGUCGCCGGGGGUCUCGCUGUCAUCCGCGCCGCUCUCCAAGCCGCAGCCGUUCUGUCUGCAGACGGGUCCGCACCUCAUAGCCAGCAUGCAGCUGCAGAAGCUCAACUCUCACUACCAGAGCCUCGCCUCGGGGGUCUCCGCCAGCCACUCGGCCCCCGGCGGGGCUCAGAAAACCUUCGGGGGCUCACCGCUGAGCACGGCCAGCCCUCUCCUGGGGCCCUCCGGAGGCCUCGGCAGCAGUGGGAACAUGGGAGUGGGGAUCGGCAUGGCGGGCCAAGGCUCCGGAGCGGCUGGGAUUAUUGACUUUGACCCCGUGGACGAGGAAGUUCUCAUGUCUCUGGUGGUCGAGCUGGGUUUGGACAGAGCCAACGAGCUGCCGGAGCUCUGGCUGGGACAGAACGAGUUUGACUUCAUGUCAGACGUCCCGGCUGGAUGCUGACCAGCAAAAAGAAAAGGACGAAAAUCCCGCACAAACAUUCGGAGACAGCGGAAUUGAUCGACAAAGGGAGAGAAGGCUUCUCUCACUGUUUCGUUUUUCUCUCCCCUAACUUUCUUGGUUGAUACGUUUGAGGAGAGAGCUCAAGAGAUUCACGGCACCUUCCUGUUUCUGCUUUACUGUCAUGGUGUUACUUGUGGAUGGGAAAAUCUACAAUAAAGGACCUCUCUCUUUAAUUUGUUUUGCGAGUUUGUUUCACUGUGACGUUCUCACUCGAAGAAAUACCCAAAGCACAUGCGGAGUAUGUCCUCUUUUGUCCACCAUUGGAUCUCUGGACCUUAAUAAAAACCAGUUGACUGAUGUGAGAUGACUUCCAGAGUUUGGCCUCUUGGAGGCCAAACUCUAAAGACGAGUAAAACACACCUGUCGGACCUGGGUUGGCGCAUAAAGAACGUGAAAAAAAGUGAACCAGGACUUCUACAAAAAAGGACGACAAACACUACGCUUCCUCCUUUCUUAAUAGACGAUAUUGAGCCUCCGCUCUCAUGGGAAAGAGACUUCAGCCUCUUUGGCUUCACAAAGAUCUGAUUGUCUGAGAACUGGUUAUCUCCACAUACUUUCUUUUUUUUCUUUUUGUUUGAAUUUAGAUCAAGCAGUUGUGCCCUUGUUACUUAAGACAGCGGCUGAUAUCCAUCGGGUUAGUCCUGGACAAGGGGACCUUCUAUAGUCGCUGUUUUUGUGAACAUAAUGAUUCAGAUUAAGGGACGUGGAAGCUUUAGAAGCAUGUGACAUGAAUGCGGUAAAAAUGUGUGUAGCACAGCGCCGUUGAAACAACUGGAGCCUUUCGGUCAAUUCUGUGCCAAGCUAAGCUAAUGCAAAGCAUUUAAUCUGUGGACAAAACCCCCAAAAUGUUAGAUUCAUGGGUUUUCUACUUUACUGCUCAGAUAACUUUGUUUAAAUGUCUUUUAUCAGCUCGGGCUAACUGUAAAAUCACUUUCCUUCAUGUUUCUGAGGAGGUAGCAUGCUGCUUCAACACUAUGUGUUUACACACCUUUGACCCAGAGCAAAAGAUGUAGAGCUAAACUGUCACAGUAAAUGUCAAAAUCAAGAAAAAACUGUUUUUUUGGCUUUGAUUUGGUGUUAUAUAAACCUGUAACACCUUGCAGGAUUAAUACCUUAAUCAUGCUUUGUGGCGAUCAAUAACGUUUUUCUCUGGCGGGAGCAGCCAACAACACACACUGUUAUAUAGAGGACUGAAACCACUUGCCUGUUGCUGCACAGAUCUCUCAUCCUUCAGUCGCUGAAUCGCCGACCUCAGAGGGCGUCCUCCAGUGAAAUCGCAGCGGCUGCGCCUAGUUCACUCAGCUCAUGUGGAUUCUCAAAGUAAAUGGGAUAUGUUAAAGUAUGUGGAGAACUAACACUCGACUCAAACUUCCAGAGUUCUCUGUUCUUUCUUUGUUUUUAAAAAUAAAAGAAGUUAGGAUGAUUUUUAUGGCAGAUAUUUCUGGGAAAACAUUGGAUGGAUGGAUGGAUGGAUGAUGAAUGGACCAUUUAGCGGAUGGACAGCUGUAUUGAUGGAUGGAUGGAUGGAUUGUAUGGAGUGGUUGACUGACUUUUGACUGACGGAUGGAUGGAUGAUGGAUGGAUCAUUCAGUGAAUGAAUAGCUGUAUUGAUCGACAGAUGGAUGAAUGGAUGUAUUGAUCAAUGGAUGAAUGGAUUGAUUGACAGAUAGAUGAAUGGAUUGAUUGACGAACGGACAGAUGGAUUAAUCAUUAGACAGUGAUAUAUGGAAGAAGAUCCAGAAAUGCAGAUAUUUCCUGUGUACGAACCCUGACGCUCUGUGAUGUUUCCAGUGAAGCCCUUGAAAGUUUUCCUCUGGAGCUUUCUGCUACGACACAAAGCAUUAUUUUAUUGUUUUCAUUUAAAGUGUCAGGUUACACAAUCGCAAGUGUGUUUGUGCCAUGUGAUAUGACUGAAAGCAGCAGAAAAAUGCUAACAGGGGGCCUCGGGUUUAUCUUACAUAAACCGUUUUCUACACGUGAAACAAAGUGCUUAAUAGUGGUCAUUGCACAGCUUGGAAUCAUAAAAAGCCUUUAAUGUGAUUUUAUUCCUUAAGAAAUACAUAAACGUACAGUAAGACAUAAAAAAAUCAGUUUAUAAUCGAGACACAUAUGACGUGUCAAGCAAAAAAAGAUAACUUACAGAUUCGUGGUUUUAACUCCCCGAUCUUUUCCUGUUUUCGGCUCUCAUGGUUGGUCAUGUAUUUAUAUGAUCGUAAAUAAAGUUAAGGCUGCAAUACGU